AUGAAUUCAUCAUCAGUAGUGGCGUGCCGUGAGAUUUUUGAUGAAAACAGCCAACCAUCAGCAGAGGAAAUAUCAGAUUAUGCCUGUCAGUUGGGAAUUGAUCCUGAGAGUGAAACCCAUCUCUUACCUCUGGCCCGGGAUGGGCUCAUGCAAGCAUUACCUCCUCCAUGGAAGGCCUACUUUGAUGAGAAACUACAAAGCCAUUAUUACUACAAUGAAGAGACAAAAAAGACCCAAUGGGAGCAUCCACUUGACCAUGUCUACAGGGAGCUUGUGAAAAAAGCAAGAGAUGCUUCCGUGUUAGAUGAUACUUGUGCAUCUGUUCAGGAAUUACUAACAUCUGAGGAAAACACAAAAAACCUAGAGAGAGUUGAAACUAAGGUUGAAAGCGAUGAAGAUGAAUUAAUAACAGAUAGCGAAAACCAUGCAUCCGAUGUUAAAGAAAAUGCAUUAAUCCAAGGAAUAAAGAGACCUAUGGGCCGACCUCCUUUAGGUCCACUGUCAAGACUUGAUAAGAAACUUGGAGAUCUACGAAUAUCACCUUUGCGUCGGAGUGUAGACAGUUCAAUAUCGCCUAAACUGACUGCUACGAGGAAUCCCUCUGAAAGAGAUGUACUUAGUCGUCCAACCUUUGAAAGGCCUAAAACAUUGUUUAAGCAGCAAUCUGAAAUAAUUGACCUUAAAAUGCAUGUACUAACGAGUCCCGAAGAGGAAAAUUUUAGUCCUUUGUUGUCGGCUAAAGUUGAUAAAGGAUUGCCCUUCACAGGUAAAGGCAACAUGUUUUUAAGAAUAUCCAGAUCAAAUCUCCCCAGUCCAGACACAGAAAAGUCUUCACAUUUAGAUUCUCUAACUAAAAGUGACCCGCCCAAGGGUAUAUUGCGGGAAAAAUCAUCGGAUUAUAUUCAACGGAAAAUCGAAAGUAUUACUGGAAAAACUAAACAAACAGCAAGCUUCGAUGAAGAUAAGAAAAGUGUCAGAUUCAAACUAGAGAAUCUCCCCGAUCCAACAAUCAGUCCCGGCUCGAAUAGUUCGUCGGAGCAAAACGACGGGCAAAGUUCAAUAAUAAGCGCGCCUUAUUCGAAAAAUCCAUUAGAAAUACCCCCAUUUAGUUCAUUAAAUAAAACCGAAGUACCCUCAUUUCCUGCCCAAAUUCCCAAUGUGCCUUUAAACUCCAUUGUCCUAUCACCUUUAGCCGGCCGACCACCGAUUCCACCACGAAUUGACAGCCCGAGGGAAUAUAAGAAUAUAUCUGAAAAGGAUUCUAUAGAGAGUGAAAUCCGAGAAACUCGCGGGACGUCUCCUCGUAGACGACUUGUGAAGCCCCCAGUCGCGGACUACAUAAAACCUGGAUUGUUUCAAAAGAAUUUUCAGAAGAUUUCUGACUUGGUGCGGAAGAUAGAAAUCGAGCCGACGAACUUAGAGGAACCUUCUUCUGAAAAGGAAGUACGACCAAGGUCACCACUUAUACCACAAACAAAUAAAAUAUCAAUAAAUUUAAUGGAAAGCAUCGAAUCUGAAACCUCAAUAGACUCCCCCGAUAGAGAAUUCGCUAACAUCGAUUUAAAUGACUUUGAUGAAGCUGAAAACCAAAAAGAUACAAAACCCAAAGAAGACAAAUCGCCCCGCAGAGAAGAUGAAUCCGAAAAAUCGAAUUCCAAGACUGAUUCGAUAAGAAACAUUCCUUUAAUCAAUAUUCCGAAACUAGAUUUAAAAUCGAAAUUUGCACAUUCCGAUUCGGAGGACUCGAAAAAGUCCACGGACGAGCCGAACACUGGCGGCCGCUCGAACAGUAUAGACAUUCCAAAAGACUUGCCCAUAUUGAAAUUAUCGCCGACUCCGAGCUUAGGAUCCGACAGACCUAGACUGGAACUAAACAAGCCCUGGUCCAGCCCAUUAUCCACUUUCAAGCCGUUAAACAAAGCUGUCACACCGCUAAAAUCUUCAGACUCGUUAUCAAAAAGUCUCAGUCCGAGAUUAGAUGGCGUGAUGCUGUCUCAAGGGAAAUCCAGCACCGACAACGUGGUAGUCGUUUAUCAGUUCGAAACUCAGGAUGAGAGUCCGAAAAUCAAAUCUCCCAUACCAGAUAUGGGGGUGAGGGAAAUGGUGGAGAGAAAUAAAGCGGAUGAAAGAAGGAGACUGGAGCUAAACCUUCAGAAAGAGUUGGAGAUGAUAAGGAUGGAGUUUAGUGGGAAAGAGAGGAGGAUGAGGGCGGAGUUGCAGACGGAAUUAAGGGAGGUGGAAGAGAAGUUCUUAAUGGAGAAGAGUAUGAGGUUAAGUGAGCAAAGUGAGAGGCAUAAACGUGAAAUGGAGGAGGUUUUAACAACGAAUGAGAAAAAUUAUCAGGAGACAUUGGAAACUCGACUCAAAGAGUUGGAGAAUAAAUUUCAAAAUGAAGUCGCCGCGGCUCAAAGACAACACGAGAGUAAUCUCAUCAAGAUCCGCGAAGAUUACUCGGUAAAGCUUUCAGCGCAGAAGGAGCAGUUGGAGAUUGAAAAUGAACGUGCACUCGCAGACGUCCGCGAUCAACUGCAAUUAGCUCUAUACAGAGAGAAGGCUCGAAUACUCGAAGAAAAUCGUGCGACCAUAGACGCGCUAAGAGAAGAACACACUGCGAGGAUUACGGAUCUGAGACAUGAUUAUAGGGCGGAGGUGGAAAGGCUUCGGAGCCAACACUCGUGUCACUUAGAAGAGUUGAGAGUGAGAUUGUCCGGCGAAAGAGCAGCAGCCGUGAGACAAGACGACAGAGUUUUACACGACAAGUAUCGGUGUCUUAAGGAGAAGUACGCGAGACUCAAACAUGAUGUUAAGAUGACACUGGAACGUCGCAACAAACGUCGCGAGAUGAGUAUGACAACUGGUUCGGAGACUGAGAAAUCUAAUUCGCAUAAAGCGACGCAAUCGUUGGAAAGAUGUAAAGAGCUGAAUGAGACAUCAGUUAGCGCGAUAAUAGAGACGGAGCCCCCGCGUAUACGCAUCAACAAUAAUCCCGUGAAAUGUGACAACGAGACGUCCUAUUCUGAAAACGUUAAGUCUGAUAAUAAUAAUGACGAUUGGAAGAGCAAUAGGGAUUCGGUUGCGGAACCGGCAAUGACGUCACUAACGUCUGCAUUGAAACAGUCGCGUGUUCGACGAACUGGAGUCGCGUUUCGUGAGCCACCUCGUCGGAGUCGCGAAAGGGAGAGGGACUUAGGCGUCGCUACGGACUGUCAAGAUUCGUCGGACGCCACCACAGCGGAUGAGAAGCCAAAGGAAACUGUUAAUGGUCACAUGCGCCGGAGAUUUACAAGAUUAAAAUCAGCAUCAACAUCCAGAUUGAACUAUUCACCCAAACGCGGUGAAGGCUGGGCGAGUCCUUUGGAAUCCCUUCGUCAACAAUUGAGAAAACUUGACGAUCUAGAAGACCAGUUUCCGGACCUCGCUUGCCAACCCGCGUACAGUCUUCGGUAUCCAUUCCCUGAGUUAGGCCCAGUAGCGACUGCAGACACGCCAGAAUUAGAAUUCGUACGUCACCGUGCGCUCGUAGAACGGGAAGGUAUGCGACGUGCCCGCGCCGCCUUGAGGCGACGUAAAGCGGCGCUUAAGGAGAGUCGGGCCUCGCUUUCACCGCAUAGAGCUGCAUCGGAGGAGCGCGAGGCCACAGAACUAGAGGUGGCGUUACACCGAGCUCGCGCCUUGCUCGGUGAAAAAGAGAUAAGACUGCAACACAUCGAGCGCGCGCUUCGAAGACUGGCAGAUGCCCAUCCGCCGCCUCUCAUUCAGGAAGCAACGACGAGCGAAGGGUCGUCGGGAAGCGAAGCCGGUCACGAAGUGGAAACGGGUGGGGCGGUUUUGCGAUCUCUACGCGCGUUGCACGCUGAUGUUAGAGACAUAUGGCGUGCGUUGGACGCUAGAAGACCUAAUACGGUGUCACCAGAAACAAGUUCCUGUAAUGUGCCGACUACUUCCCAUACAAGAAUGACUAUAUCAGCUCCUGAGCCGACUUUACAAGACAACACCGACAGUGUCGCUGAAAAGGCGAAAGGUUUGCGGGCGUGGUUGCAAACCACACCUUAA